AUGGCCGCCCCUGCCCCCACCCCGGAGGCCGACGCCCGCAUCCGCGCCUUCUUCGCGAAGGGCGCCACCGCCACCGCGCUGGACCUCUCCUCGUGCGGGCUUCGCGCGCUCCCUUCCUCGCUGCAGACGCACCUGCGCCGCGACCCGCUCUCUGCCUCGCGUCUCACGCUUCUCAACCUCGCCCACAACGCCCUCUCGACCCUCCCCCCCUUCCUAGCGCACUUCCCCAACCUCAAAACCCUCUUCCUGCUCGCGAACGCCUUCACGGCCCUGCCACCGAUCCUGGCCGAGCUCCCCGCGGUGACCAUGCUAAGCUUCAAAUGCAACGCCCUCGCCGGCACGCUCCCCGCCUCGCUUCUCCCGCGCCGCAUCCAGUGGCUAAUCCUCACCUCCAACGCGCUGACGGGUCUCUCCGCGGACUUCCCGACGCGCUGCGCGCGCGUGCGCAAGCUCAUGCUGUCCAACAACGCGCUGACGUCUCUCCCGCCGACCUUCGCCACGCACAUGGCCGCGCUGGAGCUGCUGCGCCUCGCCAACAACCGCUUCGCCACGUUGCCGCUGUCGCUCUACGACCUGCCGCGGCUGACGUGGCUCUCGCUGGCCGGAAACCCGUGCACGGGCGGCGCCGUGCGCGCGGCGACCGACCUGCCCGCCGCGCUCGCCAUCGCCGACCUGGAGGCGGCGUUCCGCGUCGACUGGAUGCGGCCGUUCGGCGCCGGCACGUCCGGCACCGCGUACCCCGGCGUGCACCGCGAAUCCGGGCAGCGCGUCGCCGUCAAGCGCUUCGGCACGCUCGCCGGCAGCGACGGGCGCGCGCUCGACGAGAUCGCCGUCUCGCUCGCGGCCGCCGGCGUGCCGGGCGUGGUGCAGGCCGUGGGCUACUACGCGGAGACCGCGGCCGACGGGGGCGUGGACACGCUCGCGCUGGUCUCGGAGAGGGUCGGCGGGCACGCGCAGUGCAUUGCAGGGCCGCCGAGCUUUGAAAGCUGCACGCGGAGCGUUUAUGAGAAGGGGAAGAGGCUCAGUAGAGAGCAGGCGCAGCGGAUUGGGAAGGUGGUGCAGGAGGCGGUUGAGGGACUGCUGGAGAGGGGAAUUGCACAUGGGGACGUUUAUGGGCACAAUGUGCUUGUCGGGGAUGGGGGGGAGGUUGUGUUGGCGGAUUUAGGGGCCGCGUGGUGGGUGCCUAGGAAGGCGGCGGAGGGGGCGAGGAAGUUGGAGAUGAGGGCGAUCAAGGUUUUCAAGGAGGAGAUUGAGGCCCUGGUAGACGAGCGUUGA